GGGCCCAGCACUGUGCACGUCUUGACGGUGAGCCCCCUCUUUGGCUUGCAUGUGACUUCUCUUUGCUUGUGUGAAGAUUAUACUGAAAACAUGUUGUUCGAAUCGGAAAGCGCCAAACCUUCCGUGUAUGACCAAAUAGCGGAUUUGCAGCGUAAAAUUCAACUUUUAGAGAGUGACAGGAGCGCCUACUAUGAGAGCUCCCAAUCGGCUCUGGAGAAGAACCGCCAGAACAUCUUGCAGCUACGGGAGGAUAACAGGGAUUUGCAGAAGAGGGUGUCAGAGGCCGAAGCCGUAAGGACAAGAAACACAUUCAGUGAGAUCAUCUUGAUUACAAUCCACUCUCUCCUCUCUCAGGAUGAACAACAAUUCGUCCAAUCGGCCUUACAUGGCCGAGGCGUGGAAAAGGACACUGGGCCGCCAAUGUCAGGCAAGGCAGCCCUAUCCAAACUUGAACACCGGGUGGCGUCCAAGAUGAAGCGUCUCAACGCCCUUAGACACACUACCCUGACUCACCAGCGCCGCUUAGAUGAGCUAAAGAGGGAGUGCCUCAGAUUGGAAGCGGUCGGCUUCAACCAAGUACUCUCUGAAAAGGAGGAUAUUACAAUGAAAUUGCGUUCGCUGCAGAAGUCUCUGGAGGAGAACCAGGUCAAGUGCAAGGGGGCUGCAAACACCAUGACUAACUAUCUAAAACUGAAACGUCACUUGCAGGAGGAGAGUCUGACUUUCCAGGGUCAGAUAGACGGUCUCGAAGCAGAAAUCAUGAAAUACAGGAGGGAACUGCAGAAUGUGCAGGAUAUGAACAACAAAGCCCAGCUCUCCAAAGAAAUGGCUUUUACUGAGUUACAGCAGCAGGAGGAAUUGUUCUUCAAGGAGCACCAAGAAAAAGAUUAUCUUUUAGCCAUCUACCGAAAGAGGGUGCAGGAGAUCAAGGCCCGGGCUGAAAAGUUAGAUGCUCAGAGGAAAAACGUACAACAGGAUGAGCUGAACACUGAAGCUGAGUCCGGCGCUGCCGUGUUGGCCGCUGAAAUGGAACAGAGCAUCUGCAUGUUUGAUGAGACCCUCCAAAGUAUGAAGGAUGCCACUGGUUACACAGAUACACAGGAGGUCAUGGAUCGUUACAUCGCCCAGAGGGAGACUCACCGACAUCUGCAAGCACUGAAAGCAGAGAAUGAGUAUGCUCUCCUGCAGCUAGAAGAGCAGAAGGUGCACCUGAAUAAACAGUUUGAGGACAUGAAGUAUUCGGGAGAUACACAACUGUCCAGUGAGCAGAGUAUGCUGGACGAGUGUGAGCAGGAGCUGCUGGCUAAACAGCACAGUUGUGAAACAGCUAAAGAACGCCUAUCUUCUGUCGUUAAAACGAUCAGCACUAUCCAAGCUGGAGUGGAGCACCUUGCAGAAAAACUUAAUCACAUCUCUCUGAAUGAACCAUCGUCAGAUGUGUCUCCAAACUCAGAAGAGUUUGUGGUGCAGCUGCUGAGCCAGUGUGAACGGAAGGUGCAGUUACUACAGGGCAAGCUUCACGGAAAAGACCUCAAUGAGAUUGCAAAGGACAUGGAGGAAGAGGAGUUCUAUUUUAUGAUUGAGAAACAACUGCCUGCAUACAACAAGCGAGUCACCGUGUCUGAGGACCAAGAGAUGGGCCUCUUAACCAACGAGGACGACAAUGAGGAGGAUGAGGGUAUCCUCUCACGAGAAGCAUUGAAGCGCCGCUCUCAGGUUAUGAUUGACGCCAUGUCCAACAAGAAAUCCUGGAAGAUGAAGAAGGGCAAGUAAAUGAGAAUCCGAAAGGCCAGAGGGGGUGAUGGUGGGUAGGUAGGUAGCACAGUUGGUAGGUAGGUAUAUGGGUAGAUAGAUUGAAUAAAAUAAAAUAAAUGACUAGAAAAACACGCAAUGAUCAAAACAACAACAACAAAAUGAAAUAUACAUCCAGUAUAACCACGGCGCUAUGAAUCCUGAAAGAGCACCAUGGGGACUGGUCACUGACAAUCCUUGUGGAUGAGUAAGAAGAAUCAAAGGACUUAAGGGAGGGAAGAAUAGGGACCGGACUUGAACGUGAGGAGCUCCAGGACUGUUAUUGAAGCCAGAAGUCACUUUGUUUUGCUCUAUUUGCAGUUAAAAGUAUUUACUUUUUAUUUUUAAAUGAUCUUUUGGGUCAUAUUUGUUAAUGGCAUUAAUGAUUAGUGGAUGUAUUCCUACAUUUUUAGAGACCCCCACAAAGCUCAAGUUCUAACUCCAACCCCGCUUCCGGGUCAUCAUGAGGUCUAAGUUUACUUUGUCAGUAUCAAAAGUCGGCCUGUGCAUGCACAAGACAGAACAAGUGCUUAUGCAAGAGGGAUUAAUGGAAACAAUAUGAAGUUUGUUUGAAGGUUGCUAGGCGGAGUGACUGUUCUUUCACUAAAUUCUAGAACCGUACCUCUAGAAAUGGCUGAAAGCAACCUCAAGUGAUGUUCUGUAUUGAAUUGUAUCAACAGCUGUCGUGGAGUCAACCAGACAGACGGGUUUUUACAGUGAACAAAACCUGUAUUUGACUCACUAGGAAAAUACAUUUGUUUGUUGUGUUUGUGCAUGACUUCAAAUCAUUGUUGUUGACAACAGAAAAACAUCAUUUAAAAAUAUUUUUGGAGAUUAUUGUUGCAGCUAUGAUGACAAAUGAAUUUCCAGUAAGUGAAUUGAGAAAUUUCCUGCAUGUUUAAUCGCACCGCUAUGGCUGAUGAUUGGUGACACAGAUUUUCACUGCGUUUACACCGCUGUCACAAAAUCAAUAUCUUGCUCACCCACCACAUUGUGGUGCCACACAGAAGGUUGUAUUUGUGUGGUAACAUUUGAUAUUGUACUUUUGAUAAAUUCAGUAAAAUAUUUCCUCCUCUG